UGGUCGGAUCACAGGAAAUAAUUGAUUUCACGGUACUGUGCAAGCACGAAUUUAUAACUGAUCCGACGUAGUACGUGGUGCAAGUGAAAUAUUAGUUUGCCUAAUUGUACUUGUACUUCGUACAAACAAAGAGUAUCGGUAUAGUACUCGUGUUAACAUAUGCAGAAUCAAAAUUUGAUUUCCUAUUUGUAUAAACAUAAUUUUAUAUAAAACUGAUUUGAUGUAGAUCAAAGCGAAAGUUGAAAAACAGAAGUAAUUGAACAGCUGCAGAAAACCCCAUGCACCAAAUAACUCAACAGUGAAACGGAAAGUAGAAAAUGAGCCACACGUUUGCAUCGCGGCGGGCAGCUACGACAAUCCGAGGAAGAGGAGGACGGCCAAAUUUUUCGACACAAGCAAAACUUCAGCCUCUAGCACCUCGCGGAAAGACGACACAAACAAAAUCAAGAGUUUUGACAAAUCGUGGUCGAGGAAGAACUGCUGGUCGUCAAACAGGAGGAAAAACAUCAAUGGACCCUUACCAAAAUAGGCAAUAUUUAGGGGAUGAGGAGGAGGCAGGACCAGCACAAGGAAAUUCACUGGAACAGAGAGCAGUAUAUGCAGGAGGAUACACAAUGAUCAGCCCAAAUGAAAAAAAACGUCAAAGUAUUGCAGCACAGGCUGAAAGAGAGGCCCUCCAGUAUGAAGAUUACAAGCAAAGAAACAAAGUCACUAGAGUCUCUUAUGUUGGAACUGUUGGAGGUGGACAGACAGAAUGGAAUGCACGUCAACAACAGGCAAUGAUGCAUCAGGGCCUGAACAAAACUGGUCGGCUGCUGAAGGAACAAGAACGAAAAUCCAAGCUGAGAGAGGCUGAGGAGCUACAGCUAGCUCAGAAAAAGGAGGCUGCUAGAAGACAGUCAGAGUUAAAUGAGCAACGACAGAAAGACAAGCAAGACAAAUGGAAGGAUGAAAUGAGAAGGGUAAAUCAGUCUUUUCUUAAUAAGCUAGAAGCUCAAGCCAAAGGUUCCAGUAGUCGGUCAUUAGGGUCUUCAGCUCCUUCUGGUCAGAAAAACCCACAAGCCCCAGCAAAACCAGCACCAGCCAGGCCAACAUCUGGAAGGACAUCAGCUGAAAGAGUUUAUUUUGGUGCAUCGCUUAGCACUGGCAGUGAAGGAGAAGCAGAAAGCAGAGAUGGAAGACAGCCAGGCAGUUCGACACAAAACAUAGCCAGAAGUUAUAUCAGCCAGGGCAUUUCAGGAGAAGAAGCAAGCCUGUAUGGCAGCCAGAGCAGAUUAUUGAGGGAGAGAGGGGGAGUAGGCAGACAGUGGGAAUUCCCAGCUCAGGUUGGAAAUCAAACAUAUGCUGACUUUGAUACAGAUGACAGCUCAGACCAGGUCUAUGGAGAUUCACAUUUCCAAGCUGGCGCAGAGUUUGACUACAAUGUUGAUGUUCUUCAGAGCAUCUUACCUCAUAUGGACCGUCUACAACUGGCGGAAGCUUUGCAGGAGGCCAAUGGAUCGCUAAAUGAUGCUCUGGAACUAUUAGGCAUAUAAAUGCAUAUCUGUGUAUUUUGCAAUCAAUUGCUUGUACAAUUACAAUUUAAUUAAAAAUGGCAGACUGGUUGUGAUCUAAUUUAUUGUCUCAAGAGCAAGUCAUUUGGGUCUAUAUAAAGGUAUAUGAAAAUGUUUGGACAAAAAUUAUCAUGCGUAAUCUGUAGUCAUUGCCACACUAUCACUGAGACUAUAUUUUUCAUGGUCUCUCACUUUAGCAAUGUAUUUCUCAGAAAUCUUUUAAAGGUGAUGAGUGAAAAAAUGAUGAAGCAAGAAGAAAUUUUUUUAAAAUUUUGCAGUAAUGCAAGAAAGAGUAGAAAAUGGCACAAUUAAAUCUUUAAUGCUGUUAUUGGAACAUAUUUUUUUUUAGGAUAUAUAAUCUUCUAAACUAGUGAUUUAUUUAUAUGCCUCGUCAUGUCAAUGUUAUUAUUGUUAUUACCUUGUUGUGGUGAGAUCCCUGGGCACCUGUUGUGGGUAAUUGUCAAUGUAGGAAAAUCUGUUGAUGCUACUAUUAUUGCCUCUCAUACUUUGUUUUGAAACUUUGUCUGCAAAAUCUUUUUGCUUAACACAAAUUAAUAGUCUUAGCAAUACCAGUUCCAACAUUAUGCUACUAUAGCAUUAUUAGUAAAUAAAUGCAAAUAUAGAAAAAUAAUAAGGCUAUAUUUUUCUACUUGCUGUUCCCACUUGAUCUAAGAACUAUACAUAUUUUUAUUUGUCCUUAGACACCAGUUAAUAUUUCAUUCAGAGUUAAGAGGUCAGCUUAGACAAUAUUCUGGGGGAUAAGAAGUUUGCUUGAAUUAGGUAUGUGCAUGCGUAGGGAUUUUCAAACCUAACCAAAAGACAAGCAUUUUGUAUUUAUUUAGAAGAUAAAAUUCAGCAAAGGAGUCAUUAGAGCUUAAUGUUUCUUUCAACAGUUAGUGACUUUAGAAAAUAUUAAUAAAACAUUCUGCUGUUUAUAGCGAUUGAACAUGCAUUUUAAGUCAGUCGUGCACAACAAAGGGCAAAUGUAUUAUCUCUCCUUGUAUUUUAGUUAUUACUACAACAAUUUGUGAAGUCGGUGUGUGUGCCCGAUCACAUGUGUACCUGUACAGGUGUAGUUGGUAAUGCAUAAUACACGUAAUAUAUGAAGGCAUGCACUUUCAUAGAUGUCAGUUAUAAAGGUGGGUAUUUUUCUGAA